AUGUCUACCACAGUAGAGAUUGCGUCUGCGCCGACCGUCGACAGUCCUGGCACUUGUCUUCUAGUCCAUACCGACAGGCGCGCAUACAUCUUCGGACGCCCUGAAGAAGGCACUCAGCGUGCCUUUCAGAGUAGCAAGAUUCGUAUGGGACCAACCGAGCAGGUCUUUCUCAGCGGCACUGUCUCGUGGCAGCAGGUUGGAGGUCUCUUUGGCUAUGUUCUUACAGUUGGCGGCGUGCUGGAUGCGAGCAAAGAGCAGGAAGCCAUCACGAACCAAAGAAGGAGAGAGAGGGGUCUGGCAGCGUUCAAAGAGUCUCCUCCUCAAGCUCUUCACAUUCACGGUGGCGAGAACUUGAAUCAUACUCUAGCCGCAUGCCGUCCAGUCAUUCUACGGCAACCCAUUGUUGUCAAGACACAUGAGCACAGAGAGGAUCCCCGCAUUAACUCCAUCAAACUCCUGAGGCCGGACUGGGAAGAUGAUUCAAUCCGUGUAUGGAAGAUCCCAAUUCAACAAGGGCGCCCCAGCAGCUCAAAGAAGCGUCGUCGUUCAAGUGCUGGCUCCGGAGGUACCCCCGACUCGGAGCCACAGUUUAAAGAACCUGCAACUCUUUCAAAUUACGGACUUGCCGCUUCCCUGGUAGAAAACCUCAUGUUCAACGGCACAGUCCGGGGAAAUGGCACAGUUAUUCCUAUCAAGCUGGGAAAUGUCAAGCCUGACGAUAUACUCUUUUGGCGUUCAAAUGGUGACUUUCAACCUUACAAUGGUCCCAGGCCCGGUCACGCCAAUUUCGAGGACAAGGACGAAUUCGUGUGGAAGCUUCCAACUACCGAGGAUUCGGAAGAAUUGCGCCUCAACUAUCCCAAUUUAGCACACCGGCCGUUGCCUCCCACGGUAUAUAGUCGAACCUCUAUGUGCUAUCUUGUCAAAUGUCUUCCUCGUCGAGGUAAAUUCGACGCGAUAAAGGCCAAGGAGCUUAAAGUACCCGUGGGCGAUUACAAGAAGUUGAUUGCGGGCCAAACUAUAGAAACAGAGGCAGGUGUCACUGUGACCCCUGAAAUGGUUGUCGGCUCGGAUAUUCCCGGUCAUGGAUUCAUCGUCGCUGACAUCGAAUCGCACGAUCUUAUUGACUCUUUCAUGGGGCGACUAGAGUGGUCUUCCCCAUUAAUGGAUGACGUUGUUGCCGUGUACUGGAUCCUGGGUCCUGGGUUAGCAGGAGAUGCUAGAAUCCAAAAGUUUGUCGAUGAGCACCCGACGUUGAAGCAUUUCUUCUGUGCCAAAGACACAUGCCCGAACAUGAUCUCCCUUGCUGGGCCUGCCCAGUUGCAGACCAAGUUACGCGUGAUUGACCGUGACAGAUUCAGUCUGCUCGACUUUGACAACCACGUCAGGGGAGUCCUGCCUUCUGGACCACAAGUCCAGUCUGGCCGUACUGGAAACAAGAUCAACCUCAUGCCCCGUCUAAGAUUCGACGUUGGAAGCGUUGUCCCCUUCCCAGACCUAGUGCAACAGUUCAAGUCCGUCAAUGAAGAUGUUGAAAUUAUGAAGCUGGUGGAGGAGGCCUCUCGAGAAAUCUCGGACCCUGAGUUUCUACGGAGGCUAGAAGAGGACGAGAAGGACAUUCCCAACCGAGAUACCGAGAUCAUUCCCCUUGGUACCGGUUCUUCAAUACCGGGCAAGUACCGCAAUGUCUCAUCCACGCUGAUUCGCGUACCUGGCAUCGGCAACUACCUUCUCGACGCCGGCGAGGGCACCCUGGGCCAGAUUCGACGUCUCUUUGGAGAGAAAGAAACAGGAGACAUCCUGCGAGACUUGAAGUGUAUUGUGAUUAGCCAUCUUCACGCCGACCACCACCUCGGUACUCCCAUGUUGAUCAAAGCUUGGUAUGAGCACACUAUCAACGACAGUAACGCAAAGUUGGCUAUAUCUUGUGUAACACGAUACCAGGCCCUUUUAGAGGAGGUGUCCCAGGUUGAGGACAUUGGUUUUCACCGACUACACUUCCCCCAUGCUGGGGCUGACACAACCGCAAAGCGCGGCCACGGACGUUACGAGCUCAAGGACGACACCUUUGGCCUCAAGGCCAUAACGCGUAUUCCCGUUCCUCACUGCUGGCUUGCGAUGGCCACGGAACUGGAGCUCACUUCUGGCUUGCGCAUUGCCUACUCGGGUGAUUGCCGUCCCUCGACUGAGUUUGCCACCACAUGCCAAGGCGCCCAUCUUCUCGUUCACGAGUGCACUUUUGACGACGACAUGAUAUCCCACGCUAAGAAGAAGAUGCAUUCCACCAUGGGCGAGGCCCUGGGCAUUGCGAAGCAGAUGAAGGCUAGGAAGACGCUGCUGACGCAUUUCUCGCAACGAUACGUCAAGGCUGACUCGCUCAAGGAACAAAAGCGAGACGAUAAUGGUGAUGUUCUCAUGGCGUUUGACCACAUGAAAGUCAAGCUGGGUGAUUUUAGAAAGGCGGCUGCUUUCCAGCCUGCUGUUGCUAAGCUACUGGUAAAGACAAACACCUCCGAAUAA